AUCACGUGGUGCGGGUGUCGAAGGUCAUAGCGCGCUCACAAUGGAGCUCUCGGAGUAUGUGCAGAAAGGCUUCCAGAUGCUGGCUGAUCCCGGCUCUUUUGACUCCAACGCCUUCACGCUUCUCCUCCGGGCGGCUUUCCAGAGCCUGCUGGACGCCCAGGCGGACGAGGCCGUGUUAGAUCACCCAGACUUGAAACAUAUUGACCCAGUGGUUUUAAAACACUGUCAUGCAGCAGUUGCAACUUACAUACUGGAAGCAGGAAAGCAAAGAGCUGACAAAUCGACUCUAAGCACGUAUCUAGAAGACAGUAAAUUUGAUAGAGAGCGAACAGAACUGUUUUGCACGGAGUAUCAGAAUAAUAAGGAUUCCCUAGAAAUCCUACUGGGAAGUAUAGGUAGAUCUCUCCCUCAUAUAACUGAUGUUUCUUGGCGUUUGGAGUAUCAGAUAAAGACCAGUCAACUUCAUAAGAUACACAGACCUGCAUAUUUGGUGACCUUAAAUGCAGAGAACACUGAUUCCCGAUCCCAUCCAGAAAUUAGUUUUAGUUGCAACAUGGAACAAUUACAGGACUUAGUGGGGAAACUUAAAGAUGCUUCGAAAAGCCUGGAAAGAGCAACUCAAUUGUAACUUGGGGAAGUUAGCGAGCCGCCCGGGUCUAGAAGACCAGGAAUUGCUUGCCGUCGGCAGAACCAUCAGAACCAUCGUUUGUGCGAACUGAUUAUACUCCUUUUUAAAAGAAAGAAAAUUUUUUUGGAUUUAUGUCUUUCAUAAACUUCGACACUUUUUUUUACAUUUGUUUUAAGAGCUAAGAAGGAAAUUCUGCCUAUUUGAAUAUUAAUUGUACAUUGAUCAAUUUUUAUCAUUUUUUCAAGUCUUACAAAAGGCAGUAUUUACAUUCUGAAUAAAUAAGU